AAUCGAAAUCGAAAUGAAAAGUGUUAUCCUGAUUAGUCUGUUGUGCUUCUUGUGGUUGGAAUUGCUGUUGGCCUUGCAAGGCAUUCGCUUGGAUGAGAACCCUGUUCAUGGGGCCUUGAUUGCGUACAAGUCGUACGAUGUUGAGGCACGUCGGAAUCGGUACUACGAAUUGAGUAGUGAACAGUACGUUUCCGGGAGCUUUGUGUCGACGAAUGAUACUUGUGAUGCUCGAGAUGACCAGACGAGAGUCAAACGCUACAACGAUCCCACAUUCCGAGGGAAUCCCAAAACUCGGGAACAGGUUUGGGCUAAGAAUUUUGCCCAUGUAAUGAUGGCCGAUCAACAGUCCAUGUCCUUAGUGAAGCUUUUAAUCCGUAUCGUUAACAAAUAUUUGAGUUCAUGUAUCCCAAUCAUUUUGUUCGACAUGUAUGUCGAACAGAAGGAAACUUAUGUAAUGGAAGCUCUGUUCAAGGAGUUCCCGACAACUUACGUAUGUGGCAAGAUAAGUGCAAACUAUACUCUUCAAAAUCCAGAACUAUUGACACCAUCAACUUCAAAAUGUCGAAGCUAUAUUCUGUUCAUUUCGGACGUAAUGAUGACCCGGAAGGUACUUGGACCUCAGUUGACUAAUCGCGUAGUCGUCGUUCCGCGGUCUAGCCAGUGGAAGCUUCAAGACUUUCUGUCCUCCAAGGAAUCCAGAGACAUCUUGAAUCUUCUAGUUAUUGGUGAAUCAUAUUCAACCGAGAAAUCAAUCAAUAGUGAAUCUGCUUACGUUCUGUACACGCACGAAUUGUACAUCGAUGGAUUGGGUUCGAAUCGACCUAUAGUGCUAACUUCCUGGAUAAACGGGAAGUUUUCUCGCCCAAAUUUGGAUCUAUUCCCACCAAAAAUCCGAAAAGGUUUCUCCGGGCAUCGCUUCACGGUAUCCGCAGCUCAUCAACCGCCAUUCGUGUUCAAGAUCAUGUCUACGGAUGGGGUAGGAAAUAUUGCCAUUCGCUGGGAUGGACUUGAAAUGCGAGUCCUGAGGACGCUGGGAAAUUAUCUGAACUUCACGUUCGAUAUCAAGGAACCUUCUAAGCCGUAUCUUGGCUCGGGAGACGCCGUGACGGAUGAAGUAGAGCGAAAGCAAGCCGAUAUUGGGUUGGCCGGAGCCUUUGUGACGAGCGAACGAAAUGUCAAAGCCGAGAUGUCGGUGUCUCAUUCGACGGAUUGUGCGGCUUUUGUGACCCUCAUGUCUUCGUCACUGCCGAGAUACCGAGCUAUUCUCGGUCCGUUUCAGUGGCCCGUAUGGUUGGCCCUGACGCUCGUCUACCUAAUGGCCAUCUUCCCGCUGGCUUUCUCGGACAAAUUGAGUUUGCGUCACUUGAUUGGAAACUGGACCGAAAUCGAGAACAUGUUCUGGUACGUGUUUGGAACGUUCACCAACAGUUUGACAUUCACCGGCGAGAACUCCUGGAGUAAUACCAAGAAAACCUCAACCAGGAUGCUGAUCGGCAUUUACUGGGUAUUCACGAUUAUCAUCACAUCGUGCUACACGGGAUCGAUCAUUGCGUUUGUAACGAUGCCCGUGGUCCCGGACACAAUCGACUCGGUGGAACAAUUGAAAAGUGGCUUCUUUCGGUUCGUUACGCUUGAUCGUGGAGGUUGGGAACGGUGGUUCUUGAAUUCCAGCGAUGAGACGACGGAGAAGUUGAUCCAGAGGUUGAAGUUCGUUUCUAAUCUUGACGAAGGCAUUAGAAAUGUGACGGAAGCUUUCCUCAUUUCGUAUGCGUUUAUUGGAUCGAAAGCUGAACUGAACUACUUGGUGCAGUCGAAUUUCUCUGAUGAAUCUGCCAACAAACGAUACACGUUGCAUGUGAGCAAGCAAUGUUUCUCUUUAUUUGGUGUUUCUUACAUUUUCCAGUUGAACUCAGUGUAUCGGGACAAGUUUAACAAUGCUAUAUUGUAUAUGCAGGAAGCUGGGAUCCUUACCAAACUAUCUAAAGACGUUUCUUGGGACAUGCAGAAAACUAAAAAUGGACGUUUUCGUCAGGCUUCGGUUGGUAAAGUUUUAAAAGUACCUACCGCUGGUGAAAAGGGUCUAACGUUAGGUGACACGGAAGGUAUGUUCUUGUUGAUGGGUGUCGGCUAUUUGAUAGGGUUAGCUGUGCUUAUAUCCGAAUGGGUCGGGGGUUGUACCAACAAAUGCAGAGAAAUCAUCAAAGCUAGAAAGGACCGUUUCCUUAGCCCUGGUAGUACCGUACCGCAGUCAAACAUUUCUUCUGCCAACCAAAAUUCACCACGGAAAAGACGAAGACCCUCAGGGAAGGAAUACAGCUUGUUGGAUACGGCUGAAAGCGCAUCGACAAAUCCACUGACUCCACGAGAAGCUGAAUUUGGUAGCAUUGGUUCAGAUGGUAGCGAUGGAGGUCUUCACAAAAGAAGUUUGUCUGAAAGCAUUCACAAUGUCAGUCCGAGUACGUUGAAGGAAUUGUAUGACGGACCUAAUCGCAGGCAUUCCACUAUCGUUUACAUGGAUGGCAAGAUGAUGUCGGAAGAUGAAGCGCGUAUCUACGCUGCAACUAAUAAAAACAAACAGAAGCAUCAUUCCAGUUUGAGCUCGGUUGUUGAGCAUGAAGUAACACGACUCUUCAAAUACCUGGACGAUCAUAAAACAACGCAAGAGGAUUUGAGAGACCAAACGGAAAAACGGCAUCAUCAUCAUCACCAUCAGCAUCAUCGCCGACAGCAAUCGAUGAAGAAAUCCAUCGAAGUGGAAGCUGAAGUGAAUCAUCCUGGGCUGUCGGAGUUGGGUUCGAUGCCGAAACCUAUUCGUGUUCCCAGUUUGGAGGCUCCAUUCGGAGAGAAGUUGCUUCAUUGAAGACAGAAAAUAAGUUCCGAUGCAUGAUUAGCUGCAGCUUUUUUUUAUGUGUGAUCUUUGUCAAAAAGUAAGAACCCUUACUGAACACGAGGACAGUGGAAAAGUGGUCUUCAAAUCCUCGAGCGUAAUCAAUGAUGGUUAAUCAGGUAUAAUCAUUUAACCUAUUCCUGGGUGUUGGGAUAGGAAAGCAAAAGGGAAAGAUGAGAGGAAAUAUAAGUUGGGGUCCCUUGAAAAGUGAAAAUUUCAUAA